AUGCCAGGAUGGAGCAGCGGAGCCUACGAUCGUAUCCAACCGAACUGGUCCGCCCUUCUGCAAACACAACCUCUAAGACGCGGACCCCAACUGCCCCGACUCGGCAUAAACGGCGUCCUUCGGCUUGUGUCCGCUGCCGACGGCGAAAAGUCCGCUGUGAUGGCGCCGUACCCGCAUGCUCGAAUUGCGCGAGAGCUGGUGUGGACUGUUUGGAAGGGAGAGCUGCGUCUGCUUCGAUUAUACUAUCUCGAACGGCGUGUUCGAGAGCUGGAAAGACUGGAGCCAUUUCCGUUACGCGAUAAUGCUGAUAAUGCUGAGAGUACCGACAAUAGCCGAAGCGCCUGUGAUCAACAUGCGUUGUUUGAUGGGCAUAAUGCAAGUCCAACACCGGCCCCUGUAGUCGUCGAGAAUCAUGGCAUUCACCUGGGUGAAGACCACCACAGCCUUGCCGUGCAGUCACCAGCCGAUCCGGGCUCGACCCAGAUCACUCGCAACCAACCGCUGGCCCAUGAAGUUGGCCUUCUGUCCCUCGCCAACAACACAGAACCAAAAUACCUAGGACCAUCAUCUGGUAUUUCUUUUGCUCGGCUUAUCUAUGAAAGCGCACCGCAAUCACAAGGCCUCCCACUGUCGCUAUCUCAAGGCCAAGGCACGCAUAAACAGCCUCGCGGCACAUAUCUCUAUCCUUUCAUCUCACAGCAAGGGCUCUAUCAGCUCCUAAGCCAGAUUCAGAAGUAUAAUGAAUCUUCUACAUGGAACCAUCCGCUUCCGAUCCGAUUAGCUGCGGCGCAAGUGGGCCUUGUUCUUUCCCUGGGGGCACGGUUCCUUGAAGUACGCCUAGGGUCCAAUUUUGAUUCCAGUGAUCUUUUCGUCUCUGCCAUGACUCACAGUUCCCAGAUCUGCCUUCAGGACAGCAUGGAGGGUGUGCAAAUUUUGUUACUGAUGGUUCUUCACAGCUUCUAUAGUCCAGAGGGUCUGAAUGCUUGGUAUCUGCUUCACACUAUCAUUGCAAGCUGUCUGGACCUUGGACUUCAACGGCGGAAUGGAUAUGCAGCAGAGUUGAAUUCGGCGACAUACCGUCUGGCCGCACAAAGACGUAGCGUCAUCUUCUGGUCGGCCUAUUCAAUGGAUCGGACACUAACCACUAUUCUCGGUCGUCCAUUGACCCUCAGAGAUGAGGCCAUUGAUCAGCCAUUCCCAGGCCUGGAUGCAAGUAAUGAACUUGAAGAAGCAGCAAUCAGGUGGGAUAGUGCAAAAAUGAUGCACCAUCCGUACGAGCAGAUACCGUCGACAUAUCUAGCAUUUAUUUACUCCUUACGAUUUGACCGAAUUACUGCUGAGAUCAAGCUCAUGAUAUACCGCGUUUCUCGCUCACCACGACGCUUUCCCUGGCCAUCAAACAUAUCCUCCUGGCAACGGGAGACAGAUCAAGCCUGCAAGAAUCUCCUAACUGAAGUCCACACUCAGCAGCGCGGGCGUUCCGUGUGCGGUCCUAGCUCACUAUCUGGAACUACCGUGCAACGAUUGGAGAUCAAAUUCCACCAGUGCAUCAUGCUUCUCUACCGACCCAGUCCUCAACUGGCAUAUCCGACAUUCGCAGCCAUAGAGUCUUGUUUUGGUAGCGCAAUGAAGAUAAUCCAGAUCAACACGGAGCUUCACCGCUUCAGAAACAUGGAGUGGUCGUGGCUCUCUGCCCACACUAUCUUUGUUGCUGCCAUUACAGUUCUGUAUUGCCUCUGGGCCUACCCAGCGGUGAGGGAUCUGACGCCAGCGACCGUUCCAUUAUCCCGUGUAAACUCCGCCUUGAAGCUCCUGACCUUCCUUAAACGGCGGUGGUCUGUAGCAGAGGGGCCAUGCGAAAAGCUCUCACGACUGAUUGCCCUAACCCACGAAACUAUGCGCGAGACCGCUGAGAACCAAAGGCGAUCUGCGACUGCGGAUGACAUUACAACGCAUCCAACCGCCGAAACACAGCUUGGAAAUGGGGGUAGCAUGGUGCCACAAGAGGACGGUAGAUCGCUGCUGAUAGAUGAAUUGGGCAUCCUACGAGAUUUGUUUGACCUCGGCUGGCUUAGUGAUUGGGGCUCGGAUCCUACCCAGCCACCAGUUUGGGAUACUUCCGAGCUUUUGAGGGCCUUUGAUAGUUAG